AUGGCCAGGAAUGAGUCCGUCAAAUUCGACGCCCAAGUAUCUCCUAGAAAUGAGAAAGAAGUUCCUAAAGAGUCGAGCCCCGACUCCGUUUCCGAACUCAAGGGCAAGGAGUUUGAUGAUGUUGAUAACAUCAAUUACGCCGAGCCAUGGAAGUUCGAAAGGUGGUUCAUCGGUGGAUACAGCCAAAAGCGGAUGCUCAAAUUCAAGAAUCCUGCCAAUAUGUACAAAGCCAUCAAUUUGUUCGCUGGUGUAGCUAUCAUGUUUUACGGCUACGAUCAAGGUGUCAUGUCCCAGGUCAACCUAAAUGAGGACUACUGGAAUAUAAUGGGUAUCAACUCUCCAAAGGAAGGACCCCGCAAAUCUCGUAACGUCGCUGCUGAAGGCGGUAUUGUCUCGGUCUACUAUGCUGGAACUCUGGUCGGUGCACUUAUUGCUGGGUCACUUGCGGAUCGAUGUGGCAGAAUCAAAGCCGUGGUCUUUGGUUCAAUGUGGGCAUUGCUCGGUGCGGUACUCCAAGCUUCGGCAUACAACAUUGCAUGGAUGUGCUGUGCGAGAGUCAUUGCUGGUGUGGGCGUAGGAGCUCUGGAUUGUGUGAUACCAGUGUGGAGUGCAGAAAAUUCUACUCAUUCGGCCAGAGGUGCCUUUUUGGCCAUUGAAUUUUUUAUGAACAUUGGCGGUCUAGCCCUCGCUUACUGGAUUGAAUACUUUGCCUAUCUAAAUCCAAACAAAGCCAUGGCAUGGCGAACACCCCUCGCUCUCCAAAUCAUAUUCAUCAUUAUCAUCGGAAUCGGCAUCAACUUCUUCCCAGAAUCACCCCGUUGGCUGAUGAAAGUCGGCCGUGAAGAGGAAGCUCGUCUCGUCCUCAAGGCUACUCGUUCAGGUGAUAUUGAGUAUGAAGCCAUAUCCAUCAAAAAGGUCGUCAAAUACGAGAUCGAGACCUCUUCUGCGAACCAUUACUGGGCUAUGCUCUUUCCCAAGGACAAGUACUCUCGUCAGCUUCGAUUUCGCGUCUUCCUCGCCGUAUGGCUGCAAAUCAUGCAAGAACUCGUCGGCAUCGGUGUCAUCACCGUCUACGCCGUCGAUCUAUUCUCCAAUGCCGGGUUCAGUGACAAUCUCUCUAAGCUUCUUGCAGGUUUCAACAACAUCUCCUACAUGUUUUCCGUCAUCUUCGCCGUCUAUACCUUAGACCGCUUCGGGCGCCGCUCAACCAUGGUCUGGGGCGCUGUUGGCAUGGCACUGAUCCUUCUUGUGGCUGGUAUCCUCGACAAAUACGCUCAGAUAAAGGGCCCAAAUCAGCGUGCAUACGGGGCCGGUGUUGCAACCUUCACUUUCCUCUACACCGCCACAUUCGGAGCGACAUGGCUCACGACGCCCUGGCUCUACCCUACUGAGAUAUUCCCCUUGAACGUCCGUGCAAAGGGAGGAGCCUGGUCUGUCGUCGGCUGGUCAAUCGGUAACGGCAUUAUCACCAUGAUCACCCCUUUCCUCUUCCAAGCCAUCUCCUACGGUACCCUACUCCUGCUCUUCGGAUUGAACAUCUUCUGUAUUCCAUUCGUAAUCUUCUUGUACCCCGAGACCGCUGGACGAUCCCUCGAGCAAAUGGAUACUUUCUUCGAGAAUGGUGGUGGGAAUUGGAAUGUUUUCAAGGCCAGUCAUAAUAUCCGAGAUGCAGAGAUUGAUGAUUGGAGGUGGACCAAGAAGAUGCAUUCGGAGGGUCAGAAGGAACUGGAGGCAGGGAGAAGGAUGAGUUCCGCGGUUCAGUUGCCGGAAGAGAUGGAGAAGGAUUCGAAAUGUGAUUGGAAGAAGAGGCCGGCGUACACAUUGAGGAGGAAGGCUAGUCUUGCUGGGCUGAUGUAG